CUAAAAAAUUUAUAGUGAAUUAGCUAAGUUACUAUAUGUUUAACUAGAAUCUACAAAUCGGCAACGCUGUUGCUACAAAUAUCUGACAAAAUUUCUGAUGAAAUAUAAUUAACGUUUUUCUAAAAAAAUUGUUAUAAAUAUAGCCAUAAUAUUUAAUUUAUGUUCAACACAGCUUAUACUUAAGAAUCGGUUGCGGUCAAGUACAUUCUACUAAACAGGUGCUUUGACGUCACGUCAUCGUAUUUGUGAGUUGUAGAUUUACUUCGAAAUUAAACUAAUUUCAAAUUAAAGAUCAUGUCUAAAAGUAAGCAUCAUCAAGUCGAUAGUAAUAUUGUAGCAGUAAAGAGUAAAUUUGAUGCAGAUAUAAUAAGAUUUUCAGUCAAUCGUAAUGAUACAAUUAAUUAUGAGGAUUUUAGAAAGUUAUUAGCUGAGCGACAUGAUAUUGGUCCUGAUUUAAGUUUUUUAAUAUGGUAUACUGAUCCAACUGAUGGUGAUUUAUUACCAAUUAAUAAUGAUAAUAAUUUAGCAAGGGCAUUACUUGCUGCAAAACCACUGCUUAGAAUAUUUAUUCAAAGAAUAAAGGGAGAUGGAUUAGAAGAUAUAAAUGGAUAUGGAACAAUAAAACCAAAAAAUUUAAUAUCAAGUAUUCUUGGUGGUACACCUGGCAAACCAAAAUCAUUAGCUAUAUCUAAUCCUCAUGAUUUUAGGCAGGUAUCAGCAAUAAUUGAUGUAGAUAUAUUGCCAGAAACUUGUCGUCGAGUGCGUUUAUUAAAACAUGGUUCUGAUAAACCAUUAGGAUUUUAUAUUAAAGAUGGAGAAAGUUUUCGAAUAUUGCCACCAUCUGCUGGAGGUGGUAUUGAAAAAGUUCCAGGUGUAUUUAUAAGUAGAUUAGUACCAGGUGGUUUAGCUGAAAGUACAGGACUUCUGGCAGUAAAUGAUGAAGUUCUUGAAGUAAAUGGUAUAGAGGUUGCUGGAAAAACUCUAGAUCAAGUGACAGAUAUGAUGAUUGCCAAUUCUUCAAAUCUCAUAAUCACAGUGAAACCAGCAAAUCAACGAGCAGCAUUAACUGCUCCAAGACGAGGAUCAUUUUCACGUAAUAGUCAAUUGUCCUCUGGAAGUCAUCAGUCUACGCAAAGUGCUGCAACUGGUAGUGAUGAAGAUGCAGAUGAAAUUGUAGACUUAACAGGUGUAACAUUACAAGAUGAUGCAGCAACAUCUACUUCUACUGCUCAACAUCAUCAUUUUCAUCAUCAUCAUCAUCAUCAUCAAAAUCAUUUUGAUCAAGGUGUUUUACAUUUAUAAGUAACAAAAAUAUAAAAUUCUACUUUUUAUAUUACAUCAUACUCGUUGAAUAUUAAUUCAAAUAUUCAUUUACAAAAAAAAUAUAUAGAAAUAUGAAAAUAACAUGACAAUAAGAGAUAAAAUAAUGAAAUAAAUGAAGCAUUAUAAAGUCUGAUAGCUACAUUUUACAUAAUUGAAUAAUAAUUUAAUUCAUUUAAAUAAAUAAAUUAAUAUAAAAUUUAUAUGAAAUGAAUAUUUUAAAAAGAUUCAUUAUUUUUUUUUAAUUUAAUACAUUUUUCAUUAAAGUUAUUCUUUAAUAUUACAAAUUAAUUUUGCUAAAUCAUUAUUAUGAAAAAAUUUUUAAUGUGUAUCUUUUAAAUUGAAAUAUGUUUCAUAUACAAAAUAGAUUGAUAUGAAAGAGAAACAAAAUGAAGAAUUAUUUUAUAGAUUAGAAUUAAAUUUUUUUUAAAUAAAAUUUAUAUAAUAAUUUGUAUAUCUUAUUUUAAUAUUUUUUGUAAAUUAAUAUAAAUAUUAUAUAUAAAAAGUAUUAAAACAAUAAAUUUAUUUGAAGAAAAAUAAAACAUGAUAUGAUAUGAUAAAUGGAAAGUAGAAUAUUAAAAUUAAAAAAUAUUAAAAUUAGAAAAUAAAUUAUUCAUACUUUUAGUCAAAAACAAAACAUCUUGAAAAUGAAAACUUUUUAAUCUUUUUAUGUGAAAUAUUCAGACAAAUUAUAUAUAUUUUUCAAUAAUUCUUUUAUUAUAUUCUUUUAUUAUUAUAUUUUAUAUACAUUCAAUAUUAAAAUAUUCAUAUCAAUUUUCAAAAUAGAUUAAUCAAAGAAAUGUGUGUGUGUGUGCGUGCGUGCGUGCGUGUGUGUGUGUGUGUGUGUGUGUGUGUACAUAUUGUGUUGAGAAAACAUUUUAAAAAUAUUGAAAUAAUAUUUGUAGUACUUAAUAUAUAUAAAAUGUACUUAAAUUUUACUUAAUGAAAUGAACUGCAAAUAUGAAGAUUUAAAUUUUAAUAUAUAAAGUUUUUACAAAAUUAUGUUUUAUCAUUCUCAUCAAUUUGAUAAUUUGCAAUCUGUUAUUACUUAAUAAUUAAUAUUAAAAUUAUUAUUUUAUGAUACAUUAUAUUUUUAAUUAUUUUUUUAUGUAUAUAUAAUACAGAUAAUAAAAUUAGAUAAUUUAAUUUAUCAUUAAAAAUAGAGGAAUUUUUAAAAAUGAUGAUCGAAAUGUAUAUAAAUCAUCAAAGUGAAAUUCUAAUAUGAAUAUUUAAUUUCAAAUUGAAAAAGUAAAUAUAAUAUAAAAAGUAAAAAAAAAAUAAUUGAGUGGCCUUAUAUUUACAUUUUAUACAUUCCAAAUAUUUUUUAUAAUACAAAUAUACAAAACUGAGAAUACUCCUAUUGCAAUGUAUUCAAAAACACGUCUAAUUUUAUAUCUAUUCUGUUUAAAGAAUGUUGAAGUUUUUGAAUUUUAAUUCCAGUUUUAUAAAUGUUAUUUGUUAUCUGAUUGAAUACUAGAUAUUAAAAUAUGUAUUUUACAAGUUAUAAAAUCCUUUAAUAUUACAAAAUAUAUUUAUAGAUAUGUAAAAUGUACUUUCUUUAUAUAUUUAUCAUUGUUUCAUACAUAAAUAUAAAAAAUGGAUUGUGAUAAAUCGUAUAUGGCAUUCCAUUUAUAUAGUAUUUUUGUAGUGCAAAAAAAAUAUAUAAUGCUUCAUAUAAAAUAUAAUAAAUAUUUAAUUAAAAAGAAAACAUUUUUAGUCUUAAAUAUUAUAUAUAUUAUUAAUGUGCAUAUAUAUUAAUUACAUUUUUUCAAUUAAAUUGACAAAAAUACAUACAUCAUAAUAGAGAAAUAUUUCACUAUAUAAUAUAACACAAUUAUAUAAAUUGAUUUAAAUAUAUAUAAAAAAUUAUGAAAAUAUAUAAUAUAUAUAAUUAUUUUAGUUAUUAAAUUAAAAAAGUUUAUUUUUGUAAUAUUUUUUUCAUGUAUAAUUUUACUUGGUUUAUUUUUAUAUUACUUGAUUUGAUUUUAUAUUAAUUACUACAAACAUAAACGAAAAAAAAAUAUGUGAAAUAUAUUUUAUAGAAAUUUCAUUUAUAAAAACAAGAACUUUUUCGUAAGAGAAAAUAGAUAUAUACACAAGUAAUGUUUUGUCAAUUAUACAGUAAAUAAUGUAGUGAUAUACAUGUAUGUGUUUAUAAAUUGUAUAUAUAUAUAUGUUUUAACAAUCUAUAUAUAAUAUUUUAUACUUAAAUAUACAUAUUAUAUAAA